CAGUGGGCUCCGGACUCGGAGUCCGGAGACUGGAUCGUCAGGCGCGAAGUCCUCUAGAGCUCUGUGACCUGUCGCCUGAGCUGCAUGUUGGUCAUGAAACUGAACUGGUCAAUUUCAAGAGUUCAGCAGAAUCGAAGUCGUUGGCGCCACCUUCCCUUCCAGCUCCUCCAUAUUUCGAGUUCCCCCAGCCUGCAAUUCUGCAAAGCUUGCUCAAGCACAUUUGUCUCAACUUUCUCCCGCUUGCCCUGUUCCUUCCAUUCCAUUCCUUCUCACCAAAAUGGCAGACGAGCAGCCGACCAAGGUAGCCAAGUUGGCCCCAGAGCAGAGCCCUGCUGCCGCCUCAAAGGCUGUUGACGAAGCAAUCGAGAAGGUGAAGAACACUGACAACUCGGAGGCCGACGCCCUUCCUUCCACAGACGCUGCUACUGCCAGCGAGCCCAGCCUAACAGAGAAGAAGAUUGACCUCGAGGGAGCUGCCAAGGAGGCCGCUGAAGCUGAAAAGCCUGCAGACGCAGAGAAGGAGGAGAAGACAGAGGAGCCUGCGAGCGAGAAGGCAGAGGACGUUGCUGCGAACGGAAAAGAGGGCGACGAGAAGGAGGAAGAGAAAGGCGAGGAGAAGGCUGAGGAUGAGCCCAAGGAGGAAACAGUGACGGAUCUGGGCAAUGGACCUCUCAAGUUCGUUGUCAACACUGUGAAGGAAGCGGUUGGUGCAGAGCCAGUCAAGUAGAUGAUUGAAUGGUGGUUUUUGACGAGUAGGAGGUAGGCCUUUCCUUGAGAGCCUUGACGCAGAGGUUUGCUGAGGUUGUGUGCCGAGAUAAGAGCAGGUCUUUCUCUGAAAGACUUAGCAGGUACGGUUGAGUGUACCAUGCCUUAGCUCUGAUGACGGGCCCUCCUGAGUUGCGUACCAUAGCAGGGUUUGACGGAAGAAGGAUAGAACUUCGAAAGAUGGACACCCUAUAAAGGCACGUUCCAGUGUUGGCUUGUUGGCUUGUACCGUACGCACUGCUUGCCAAUUGGCAUUGCAGGAGGCUGCACUGUACUUUUCAGAGAUCAGCAGCAGUGUUGGUCUGCAUUUUCUGAAACAUAGGUGGGAAUAUCUUGUGUUUGUAAGCAUGGAAACUAAUUAAAUCCUGGUAAUACACCAACUUACUUUCAAUAAGAGCAUUGAUUUGUGUAUCUUUUCUACAUGCAAGUGUCAAGUUACAUUGGAUGACGG